GCUACCCUUUCACACGCGCACACCCUCGGACGCUUUCCACAACUUUAUCUGCUCUUUGGUUCUCUAUUCUUUGCUGUUCUCUCUCUUCCUCUUUUCUUUUCCCUGACCCCUAUCCUGCGGCUCAAGGUAACUUAGAACAGGAAGUUGUCUCUCUGUGAAAGGGGGUUGGGCAGACGGGAGGUAGGAGGAGCUGGGAGGACGUGUCAGCCCUGAUGGGUCGGUGUGGCAGCCAAUGGGACACAAGGACCUUUCUGUGUCAUUGGUGGAGUGCGUCAGAGUGGGCCGGUUGCUGGGGCCCGAGGCGGGGUUUAGUUCCAUGUAGCAGGCUAGAUUGACUACUAUUCAAAGUUAAAGGGAAAGGAGGCUGAAGGAGAUUUUGUCCGGGACUCGGGAGUGGCGCUGUACUGAUUGCCUGCUGCUUUGCUGGCUUUAUAAUUUAUAAUCUCUCCUCUUGGCUUUCCUCUUAAAGCGGCCUUAACGCUGCAGGGGUCAUCUCACAGAGCAGUGUUAUGGGGAGGGGGGCACGCCAUAGAGGUAAAAGAGACAAGAAACAUACAACUUUGCUGUGGGACCAUCCGAGGACUCCAACAGGAGAGUGACGGCUGUGGGUUGACUGGGGAAAGGAGAGGGAAGGGAGGGCUGGGGGGGUCUAGUAGACAAGGCAAUGUGUAAAAAGAGAGUAAUAGAUACAAGGGGGGAGGGGUACCGAGGGAGGGGGAGACUGUGUGUCCAAGCUGGAGCGUAUUCUUUUUUUUUCUUCUUUUUUUUGGGAUGGCGUUGAGUGGAGCAAGAAUGCCUUUUGUGUAGUGCCGAGAGGCGGUGGGGGCUGCAGGAAGUGGAGGGGUCGGGAGAGAGUUUGUCAGCCCCUGAUUUUUCCUCCUCUCACUCUCCUCUCAAGGAGUCUUGUUCAGCUCUCUUGUUCCGCUCUGUCCGGUCCCCCGCCCCCCUCCACCCUGACACGGCAAAACCACUCGCCAUGAAGGACACACGGGGCAGAGUAGAGGAUGUCUGCCGAUGCGUUUGGAGCCGGGGGCACCGAUGCCCAGCAGACCCUGCAGUCCUUCUGGCCCCGUGUCAUGGAGGAGAUCCGCAACCUCACUGUGAAGGAUUUUCGCGUGCAGGAGUUGCCUCUCGCCCGCAUCAAAAAGAUCAUGAAGCUCGACGAAGACGUCAAGAUGAUCAGCGCUGAGGCUCCGGUGCUGUUCGCCAAGGCAGCCCAGAUCUUCAUCACGGAGCUCACUCUGAGAGCCUGGAUCCACACCGAGGACAACAAGAGACGCACCCUGCAGAGGAACGACAUCGCCAUGGCAAUAACAAAGUUUGACCAGUUUGACUUCCUGAUUGACAUUGUGCCCAGAGAUGACCUCAAGCCCCCCAAACGCCAGGAGGAGGUGCGUCAGUCGGUGGCCCCGGCGGAGCCCGUCCAGUACUACUUCACGCUGGCCCAGCAGCCGGGGACGGUGCAGGUGCAGCAGCAGCAGGGCCAGCAGGGCCAGGGCACCACCACGCUGCAGCCCGGGCAGAUCAUCAUCGCACAGCCGCAGCAGGGACAGUUGCUACAAGGUGCCACUAUGCAGCAAUUACAGCAGGUGCAGGUGCAGUCACAGGGCACACCCAUUACGAGUGGCCAGGUAGCCAUGCAGGUUGGUGAUGGCCAGCAGCUCCAGAUAGUGCAGGCAGCACCUGCCCAGAGCCAGGCAGGGCAGGGCCAGGGCCAGACCAUGCAGGUGAUGCAGCAGAUCAUCACCAACACCGGGGAGAUCCAGCAGAUCCCGGUGCAGCUCAACACAGGGCAACUGCAGUACAUCCGACUGGCCCAACCGAUGUCCGGGACACAGGUGGUGCAGGGACAGAUCCAGACGCUUGGUAACGCCCAGCAGAUCACACAGGAAGUACAGCAAGGCCAGCAAUUCAACCAGUUUACCGACGGACAGCAGUUGUAUCAGAUCCAGCAGGUGACGAUGCCCGCGGGACAGGAGCUCACGCAGCCCAUGUUCAUCCAGUCGACCAAUCAGAGCGCAGACGGACAGGUCACACAGGUCACCACCGAAUGAGCUCCACGUGCCUCCCUCCCCCGUUCACUGACACAGACACAGAGACAGACACACAGACACAGACAGACACAGACAGACACACCAGCUCACCAGAUUUCAGCAGUGGGAUUUGUCCCACUGCGUGACCCACUGGUAGUGCUCACUCAACCAUGGUUCUGAGCGCUGUGAUGGUUUUUGUACAUACCAGGACUGGAAGGCCACCCACCUCACUGAUUUAUUUUUUGUACAAAAAACUGAUCUUAAUAAAACAAAAAGGAACACCACCCCACCGGCAGUGUAAUGCAGUUUUACCAGUUCAACUAACACAUUAUUUAUAUACACACACGCACAUGCACACACAGUUCACCUCUCGUCCUCCUCUUGUCGUCAAUAUGAAAUCAAGUCAGUCAACAAGUUGGUGGUCCUGGUCACACCUGGAUCCCAGUAGACCAUCCUCUCCCUUGCUCCCCCCCCCACCCCGGCGCUCCGGCACGUGGGAGAUGGUCGGGGCCUUGAUUCCAGGAGCGCCUUGAGAUUUGACCCCAACCCUCUCCUGUCCCUCCUGGCCUUGUGUCUCAUCGUUCUGUGGGCUCCCUUGUAAAGAUGUAGUAGAGUUCUUCUGCUGCACCUACUGUAUUCCAGCCAUAAAGUAAUGUGUCUAAGAUUUAAUUAUUCGAUUCGAAGCCAUAUACGUCACAUUAGCUUGUUUGGAGUUGUGGAGGGGGCUUAAUGUUGACACCAGAACCCAGUAGAAGUCAAUGAUGAUGUUGAGUUAGUUUAUUAAGGUGUUUUUAGCAUGGAUUCUGGGGGAUGAAGAUGGGUCAUGAGGGUAUUUGUGCGUGCCCACGUCUGCACUAGCCCCUACCAAUGUUCAUCAGCUCUACUUUAUCAUGGUUUUCCAAUCGUCUCCAUCUCCCUCUCUCUCUACGUCCCUCCCUCAGUCUCCUGUGAAUCUGUCCUCUGCAUAACAGUGCUGUCCUAGGUCACUAUGCAGUCCCUUAUCUCCCCAUGCUCUUCAGUAGGGGGGAUUUGAAGUGCUAUUUUCAGUUUUUGUACGUUUCACAUACAAACCCAUGACUCUUUUGAAAGAAACGCCCCAUUUCCCUAUUUUUUAAACCGAACAGUUGUUUUCAAUACAUUCUUUCUCUAUAUUGUGUACAGUAAUGAUCAUUAUUAUCAAUGUUGUUAUUAUUUAGUUUUUUUUUGCAUGUAGUUUAAACUGCCAGCAUGAUAUGCAACAAAUAGGUACAAAUUUUAUUUUUGAUGUUCCUUUUUGUAAACAGACUGUUUGUGAGAAAAAUUUAAUAAAAACCUUAACGUGC